CCACUUUCCAAAGUAAUCACAUAGUUUCAAAGAUGAAAGGAGUAAAGUCACUCACCUCUGUUUUCAGCAAGUCUUCUUCCACUCAUCCCAAGAGAGUUUUCUCUGCCAUUUCCCAAUCUGAAAAUCAGCGGCCUCCAACACCAGAAGAUGACGAUUUGAUUGGUCCAUUCAUCUACCCCAGCAACCUAGGCCGCCGUGGCAACGCCUUGAAGAAGAAGAGUGAAGAGGAAGAUGAUGAUGAUAGCUCUGAGAAGAGUCAAGAUGAUGACGAUGACGCUGAUGACAAAGACAGUGGCAGCAAUACCUACGGACGAGACUUGUACCAGCAUUCAGGUCCUUUCAGAGGCAGCCCCAUCUUACUCCCGAGACACCCGAGCUCCGUUUAUAUCAGUGGUGGUGCAACCAUCGGGAAAGGGAAGGGACCAUACGGUGAUGGUAAUGAGCAACAAGGCCAGUCUAGCAACCAUGGAGGAGUUUGCAAUGGUUGUAGCUUGUGCGGGUGCUCGGGAUGUAAGGGUUGCAGUGGAGACUACCGUAACUGUCCCGGAUCUGGCCGCAGUGGAGGAAAUUAGCUAUCUCGGUUAAGGAGUUGGAA